AUAAAUGCCUUGAGAAAAUAACACGUUUUUCUUCCUCUUAACCAUCUCCUCCUCCGCCAUUGCCUCUAGCUUUAUCAUCUUUUUAUUUUCUUUCAAUAACCGACUCUUCAAUUUUUUUCCCGAUGGACCAACCGGAACAUGACUCUGUUGCAAAGUCGCCUAAAAGAGAACUACAGGGUCCCCGGCCAGCACCUCUUAGAGUACGUAAAGAAUCACACAAGAUCAAAAAACCACCGGUGGUUCCACAUCAGCAACACCAUCAGUUGCCACGUCACCACCAAGCUCCACCACGACCGCCAGUUAUAAUAUACACUGUGUCCCCCAAGGUGAUUCAUGCAAACCCUAGUGAGUUCAUGACUUUAGUCCAACGACUCACUGGACCAAAUUCCUCAUCGUCCUCAUUUUCCUCGUCGUCCUCCUCAGUCCCUUUUCAAGAAAAUAUGAAUAUUGGCGCCAUAUCUCCGGCUGCUAGGUUUGCUUCAAUAGAGAAAACAAGACCCCCAGAGGAGGAAAAAUCACAAGUAUGUGACAUGGAAAUAGUUGAUGAAGGGAUAGAAAUAGAUAGAGAAGCUGAAAGAAGUGGAAUUCUUCCUCCAGGUAUUUUAUCACCAAAUCCAGCUUCUCUUCAACCUAUACCAUCAAAUUUCUUCUCACCUCCGUCAGCUGGAUUUUUUCAUGAUUUAAGCCCUGUAUUACACAAUAACAGGAAUUAUUUGGAACCUAGUUUCUUGCCAAGCCCUUUAAAUUUUAUUUCACCUAGAAUAAUACUAUCUCCAUGUACUCCAUCUUUUGACCUUUUCAAUAACCUCUUUGACCGUUAACACUACAGAGAAAGAAACAUAGAAGAACGACUUCCUGUUUGGGUUUUAAUUCUUCAAUGCAAGCUAGGAUGGACAGAGACAGAUUCGGGAUUUGAAUUAUAAGGUUUUGUCUGAGUUCAAGAUUCUAUCAUAGUCUAUUUUGAUUUACUGGGCUCGAAAUUUAUUAAUGUUAUGGUUAUUUAGAGAUUUUUUUAAUACAUAGUACAAGAUGUGAGUCAAUAUUCUUGAGUUCAUAUAUGAACCGAUAAUAUUAACAUUACAUCAGCUCCGGGUAGGAAGUUCUUUACUUUUUUUUUUCCCCUCAUUUGAAUUGAAAAUGAUGGGCCAUUUUGAUGAGGGUCAAAUAUAGGAUUUCUAUUUUUCCUUUGUGAUACACAUACCACGUUAGCAUAUUACUUUGUAACAUACUUUAAAUUGGCUUGAAAUUUAUCAACACAUCGUCCAUAAUCAAUUGAA